AUGUUUCUUGUAACAGAAUCAUGGGCCUUAAGAGUGGUGGUACUCGUAGGGGGACUCGUUAGUCGUCCCAACUUCGUGGACAUGAUGCCCCUCAUGAGCUAUGUUGCACGGAUACUCCGAAAUGCUGGAGUGUCGGACACGCCCACACAGCUCCGACACGCCCCCGACACGCCUUCGACACGGUCAAUGGCUCCGACACGGUCAAGACACGGCUCCAACACGGCAGGGACCAGAUUAAAAUUUUGA